UACUGGCUGCUUGCUUCCGGAAUAUCCCCCGUUUCCUCCGUUCCCCUCCGCCACUCAUCGUAACUUCCAUCGCCAUCGCGUCACAGGCUGGGGACGGACGCCUCCCCGCCCGACCACCGCCGACGCCGACGACGACGACGAGCAUUCCAUCCGCCUGCAGGCGCUGCAAGAAACAUCAAUGGCUGUGUACCAGCACUACAAACGCGCAGCCGGGAACUAGCUACACUACAGACCCCUGCUCACCACUCUAGGCGUAUCUUGAAUUCUUGAUCUGGGUGGUGUGUGGCGUUCACAGCUACAAAAGCUUGUGCGUGCAUGGCUAGCAACAUGUAUGGCACCACGGUGGCAUGUAGGAUGUGCUACAGGGAUCAGUACGGGACGCCGGUGCCGCGCGACGUCGCCUGUCUGGCCAAGAAACCGGAGGCCAGGAGGUGGGGGUACGGGUACCACCUCAUCUCCAGGAUUUGUCAGUGGAAGCCCAGAGGCAGCAAGUCAGCUGAUGGUUCACUGCUCGGGCACGGUGGCUGCGAUGUUCGCUGCUACUCUUGUGGGUCUCAUAACAGCUGCGAAUGCGAAACCGAAGAAUGCGAUGCUGUGGAAGGUGGCGCCAGCCCUUACAGAGAUUUCAAGCAGCAUUCAAGGGGAAAUCCUCAAUUUUCACAUGAUCAAGUUCCACCGAAGAAGUCAGCCUAUGCUAGUCAAGGGUUGGCUGAAGCCUGCAAAUUUGUUUACAAUGAUGCUAAGUUUGUAAAUGAAAGGGCUCAAAAUGACAUUCUAUUGCUUUCACGUGGUAUAACAAGGCUGAACGAACGUGCAUGCCAGGAUGCUGCUGUUUUGGGCUUGGGGUUUCUCAAGCUUGAUGCUCGUGCACGAAAGGAUACGCAAAAGAUUGACCACACUGUGAAGGAAAGAGCAGCGCGCCUUAACCAUUUUGCCAGAGCAUUUAAGGAGCGAGCUCAGUCAGACUUGAAGAAAGCUGCAGACAAACAUUGGAGUGACGGUGCUUUGGAGGCAGAUCUGCGACGAGCUGACUUGGUUGUUAAACGACGUGCCAUGGAAGACGCUUUCAUGGCAUUGAAGUUUGUUCAGGAUAUUCAUGACAUGAUGGUGAACAGAUUAUAUGAGCAGCUUCCAAAGGACGGUUCAUCUUCUCGUACAAAUUCAACAGGGUUUAUUACACUUGAGAAGAAUGGGAAGACUCUUGAACUGUUUCCUGGUGAAGUUUCUGCUGAUCAGAUUUAUGCUAUAGAGGAAGCAUACCAGAGUAUGGCAUCUGCCUUUUCUGAAGCUGAUGGUAUUGACUACACAGAUCCUGAGGAGCUUGAAUUGUUAGUAGCAACUCUAAUUGACCUGGAUGCCAUGGAUGGGAAAAGGAGCGUUUCCUUGAUUGCUGAAUGUUCAAGCUCUCCAGAUGUUAAUACUAGGAAAGCCCUAGCUAAUGCAUUGGCUACAGCUCCAUCGAUGUGGACUCUUGGGAAUGCUGGCAUGGGUGCAUUGCAGAGAUUGGCUCAAGAUCCCAAUUAUGCUGUAGCUAGGGCUGCAUCAAGCGCCAUUGAUGAACUCAAGAAGCAGUGGGAACUUGAAGAAGGUGACAGUCUGAGGUUUGUAAUGAAUCAGAAUUUGGCUUCUGAGGAUACUGAUGGUGACGACAAUUCAGCAGCAGAUGACGACACAUGAGGUGUAAACAAGUUGAAAGAUUCCAAUUUCAAUGACAAUGGGCCAAUGCAUAAGAAAUCAUCAUGGACAGCACAUAAAGCAUUCCUGUUUAACUUUUAGGACUGAAGAUCAGAUAGAUAUAGGUGUUCCAUAUAUAUCUAGUUGAAGGAAAAAAAAUGUGUUGUGGAACUUGGUAAAUGGGGGCUAAAAAGCAGAGUUCCCUUUGGAUAUUGUUCAUACGUGAAGCUGUAUGUUGUAUUUGAAAAGCACGUAAAAGUGAACAAAUUCCCUUGUGGGAAUAUAUAUAGUCAUAUUAUAGUGGCACUGGCGGUGCCGGAUCCGA